AAAGAAGAUAUUCCCCCCCCCCCCCCCCGAAAAAUAGAAGAUAAUUUUCCUAUCCUCUGCUUCUCAAUUUUCCCUUUCAUUGGAGGAAUGUCCUUAAGUUCAAUCAAUACAUUGGAGAAGACGAAAUAAAAGGAGCCUGCCGGAGAACUACGAAAUCCGACGACGCUGUUUUUCCCCUCUCACGAUAUUUUCUCUGGAUUUAUCCUGUGUGAGAGAUCUGACAGUCGCCAUGGAGGAGCUGACAGUCAACCUGACAGCUGGAGUUGAGGACUUGUCCACCUUCCGGGAUUAUGCCGACACUCUGGAACAAAGUCUGGAAGGCUUCGAUGAUAAUGGAUCAUUAGUCUUCCCGAACGACACGUUCAAUGGCACCAACUUCGUGUACCCCUGGGGGAAAUCCAUGUACCCCUCUGGAUAUACCACUUUCGAAAUCGUUAUCAUCACUGUUAUCAUAACCGUAGCUAUGAUAGUCGUGGUCGUAGGCAACAUGUUGGUUAUUAUUGCGAUUGCCACAGAAAAGGCUCUCAAGAACAUCACGAACUGGUUCAUCGCCUCGUUGGCGGUAUCAGAUUUCCUGCUGGGGCUCAUUAUCAUGCCCUUCAGCUUAGCGAAUCUCCUGAUGGGGUACUGGAUGUUCGGGAACCUGUGGUGCGAACUCCACGCGGCCAUCGACGUUCUCCUGUCGACGGCGUCCAUCAACAACAUCUGCCUCAUCUCCUUGGAUCGGUACUGGAGUAUCACCCACGCCGUCGCCUACCUGAAGAAGCGGACGCCGGAGAGAGCGGCGAUUAUGAUAGUCGCCGUCUGGUUAUUCUCGGGGCUGGUUUCCAUUCCGCCCCUCCUGGGCUGGAAGGAGACUCGAGCCCCUGAAGAGUUCCCCACUUGUACGGUCUCCGAUGACCUGGGGUACGUCAUCUACUCGGCCCUCGGGAGCUUCUACAUUCCGAGCUGCAUCAUGAUCUUCGUCUACAUUCGCAUAUACUACGCUGCAAAAGCCAGGGCGCGGAGGGGCGUCCCGAAGAAGAAACCCACUCCCGCGGGGGGCGCGGGAAAUCGCCCCGCUCCGACGUCUAAACCUGCGAACAAACCUAGUGGUAAUACGACUAAUACUACCGCUCCUACCAGCGUCGCCCAAAACACAACCACCACCACUAGCUUCAGUAAAGCCCCGCCCGCUCCCAAGGCCGCCCUCGGAAGCGACGACUCUCGAAACGGCGCGGCAACGGAGCGGACGGGUUUGCUCAACAAGAAAGUGCUCAUCUGCGACGUUCGGGUGCACGAGGAAGAGCCGGGCUCGAGGUCGGACACUCCGACGAUGAACCCGGACGACGAGACGCCGUUGCGCACCGUCAGCCAGCAGGUCGACGCCGACCACAGGAACCACAGCAUCAAGAGCGAGAACGGCCUCUACCUGGGCCCGAUGGGGCCCGGCAAUCCGGACCUGACGAUCGGUCUGCCAACGCCGUCGGCGCCGCCGACGCCCAUGCGGGAGCCGAAUGGGGGCAACAUGGCCAUCACGGUGGCCUCCCCCGCGAACUCCCUGAGAAGGGGCGUGCCCGCGAACUCGAUGGACGGCGACCAGAUGAGCGACAUCGAUCCGUCGUCGUCUGAUUCGGGGGUCGUGACGAGAUGUUCGGUGGUGAAACCCUUGAGGUUGCGCUUCUGCCAUCCGCUACUGGGCAAGAAACUGACGAAGCCCAAGAGGGAGCUCAUCGACAUGGGUCGCGUGUCGACGCCCAAGGCCUUGGAGCCGGAGAAAGAGAAGAGGAGACUGGCCCGCAAGAAGGAAAAGCGGGCCACCCUCAUUCUGGGGUUGAUCAUGGGGUCCUUCAUCGCUUGUUGGUUCCCCUUCUUUUUCAUGUACAUCCUGGGGCCGCUGUGUCCGGCCUGUCACAUUCCCGUGUACGCCUUCGACCUGGCGUUCUGGCUCGGGUACAUGAACUCCGCCUUUAACCCAGUCAUUUACACGAUCUUCAACAAGGAUUUCAGGCGGGCAUUUCGGAAGAUUCUCUUCAAGUAGACGCUUCAUUUCCGUGGAAAAAACUGUUCGUUUCUCUGAAAUUUUGCUCAUUCUCGUUAGACAAAGAGGCCGUCGGAUGUCACCCGAAAACGAAAGGGGACUCCCCACACUGUCUUUGGCGGCAGAGAGUGAUCACUUCCUGAAAGAGUUGAAUACAUUAGAAAAAAAUGACGAAAGAAUUUUUUCGCGUUGUUAUUUACGAUAUAUUUUUUAUUUACCGUGUGAUGUUAACCUUUAGUUUCACAGUUCUCCGCAAAGAUGAAAAUGUCUAUAUAUAUUUUCGUCACAAAUAAUAAUAAACGGGAUGUGGACCAACGAGUAAAUUAUGGGAUCAAUCAGUGUGCUUUUAGAAGAAGAAAAUAUUUGUAAAGCGUGAGAAACAGAGUGAAUGUUGGCCUCUCUCUCUCUCUCUCUCCUCUCUCUCUCUCUGUCUCUCCUGAGGAAGUACCUGAAAGACCUUGAGGCUUCUCUCUUAGGACGCGUGAGAGCGUGUAAGGGGGUAUGAGAUGACGUAACUUCUCCUGAAGGAGGAGUUACCGCUGGAAACGAAGGUGCAAGAAUUGACGAAAUCGUGGAGGAAAGAAGAAGAAGGAUUACGUACACAUUGCGCUUUGAACCACAUACGUCUUUAUCAUUUAUUGUAUAAACUUCCUAAGUGUUGUCGAAUAUUAUAGUGAAAUAGCUUUACAGAGUUAAAGAUAAAUGCAGUGUUACCGCCGUUUUGUGCAUGGCGAUGCAUUAUUAUAAAUAUUAUAAAUAUAAAUAUACAUAUAUAUGAAUAUAUAUGGAUAUGAUAGGUAACAAUUUUAUUUGGUGAUUAUUGCAUUCUUUACGAAAGUGGUCAGAACAAACGAGAGUUGUCAGAACGAAGUAAGACGAUGUCAGAUCGUUGGUGCAGCUGCGUCUUUGUUUUGUCGGUUUCCUCAUCCUCUCAUUUCGUCUAUAAUUUUUUAAAUUUUUUUCUUUUUUAUCAGUCCCUUCAGUUGUCCGUCGAAAGCAUCACCAACGAAACAAAACUGUAAAGGGAAAGGGAAAGGAAGGAAUUUGAUGUUGGAAACAUCGUCUUCGUCAUCUUGAAUUUGUACAUUAUACUAUUUUGGUUUCUACCUUUCCUACCCCCUACCCCCCUUCUCACCUUACCCCAGCCCGCAGAGGAUAGACUGUUGAUAGGUUGGUCAAGGUUUGAUUAGUUGAUUAUUUAUUUUUGAGUAGCUGUGUAGAUCUCUGCAAUAAAAAAGAAAAAAAUAAACCGAAUCGUGGUGAGAUUCGUUCCUUAGCGUUUUCAUCGUGCAAAAAGAAAUGCACCCUUGAGUCUCUGCUGGAGAGAAAAAAUAGCAGUAACAAAGCAACGUUCGCUCCGUGACUAACCUCCAGCUCAGCACUCAGGUUUAGUACUCUUUUUAGUGGUUGCUGUGUAAUCAAGUUAUAUCUCUAGUGUUCAAAUUGUACAACUUGUAGUUGGCAAUGUGACCCGUAGUUCGACACACACACACACUACAAGACUCUCCAGUCGUCGAGGAAAAACCAUCGUCUCGCGAGACUACGUACUACACAGAAGGCCAUGAAUAUUUUUGUAUUGGUGACCCUCUUUUGAGAUCUUUUCUACUAAGUUUUUUGAGUACCUUCUUUUUCCCCAAGGACAUUGUUUGAUCGCAUAAUCGUUUCCAAAUAGUCACAGGAACUGUUUUUAUAACUUUGAUUUCUACUUGAAGCCAAGUCGAACGUUUCCUUGCUUUCGAACAUUUUAAUAACCAAGUACAAUAUCCUGUUGAAGUGAUUCGUAGUCUUCUCGUUCAUGAAAUGGUUCAUAUAUAUCCGCUGGGUCGUCGGACAUAGUCCUCUGGUAGUAGAGAAUGCCAGCAACUCUUGAAUUCAUCGUAUUCCUUUUGCGUCUCCGUAAGAAUGAUGAUGAGAUUAUCCAUAAAGCCAUUGCAGUGUGUAUUUAAUUCCAAGAGUUCACCAAAGGAGGAAUGACGAAUUGCCUUAGAUAGUUACUGUUUAGACGUUAGUACGAGACUUGCAGUCAAAUACGCAACUGGCGCCGCUCUUUUCAAUGAGUCCAGUUUAACGUGUUCUUGUUUUUGACGACUUCGUUCAACCCUCGGGCGGCUGCCUGCGCGCGCAUGCGCAAGCACCUUGACGGUCACCGAUGGGGUUCUACUAUUCAAAUGACGCUUAAAUAAACGGCUCCUCUCGAGCCGGAACUAUAAUUUUUAAAUGGUUUUAGCACUUGAGUGUAUGCGCGUGUGUAAUACGUCAGAGAUGCAUCAUCCGUGCAUCUGGGUAUAAAAGCGUUAACGCGUGCAUGCGUUUGCUAGACUCAUCGCCACUCACGGUUCAUUCAUAAGGCACCUCUCGAAAACAUAUGCGCAUCGCCAUCGACUCCAUCAUCACCGAGAUCACCGCUAUCAUCAUCAUUAUCAUUGCCAUCGAUUCGAUUCGAUCACGGUCAUCAUCAUCCACCAUCAGAAUCAUAGACCAUUCGCCAUCAACGGAGAACACCAUCGUAUUAUCACCGAUCCCAUUAUUAGUACCAUUAUUAUCAGCAGCACCGAAUGGAAAGGCGCUAAAAGGAUGUGAGUGUCAUUGCCACGUCUUGAGAUACAACUCCCUCGUAUUAUAUAAAUCCUUAUAUAUAUAUCAUCACUGCCUUUACUACUGUCGUUAGAGCAGACAUAACAUUUAUUACGGCCAUCAUGGCUAACGAUGAAAAGGCUAUCUAUGUUUGGCACCGGGAAUCGGGUCAUGCUUUUAUCUCUUUAUUACAAGUUCGGUUCGUAUUUGCAUUCCGGCUUAUUCUUAACCGCGUUCUGGCCCUGUUUUGGCUUCCAUUUAGGUUGAGUCACGCUACGGUCUGCUACGUAUCGCUUCUUUGUUAGUUUUUUUGUGAUAUCUUGAUAUCUGAAGCAAGUUAUAAACUAAUGGCUUAAAGGAAUGCAUUUGAAAACGAAUAGCGAACGUUAUUUACGAGUCUG